GGCCGGGGCCGCGGCCGGUGCCCGGGGGCCCGGAGCGGCGUCGGGGCGGCCCCGCCAUGCGGCGGUACGUGCCGGUGUCCCGGCAGCAGCUGGCGUGGGCGCUGGGCGGCAGCAGCGUGGUGGUGAAGGCGCUGAGCGGCGCCGUGGUGCUGCUGUACGCGCUGUCCUUCGGCCUGGACACGGCCUACGGGCUGGCCGUGACGCCCGGCUUCCUGCUGCCGCCCGGCUGCUGGCUCUGGACGCUGCUGACCCACGGGCUGGUGGAGCAGCGCGCGGCCGCCGUGGCGCUCAGCCUGGGCACGGUGGCGGCGGCCGGGCGGCUGCUGGAGCCGCUCUGGGGGGCCCUGGAGCUGCUGGUCUUCUUCGCGGCCGUGAACGCGGCCGUGGGGCUGCUGGGGGCCUGCGCCUACUGCCUGGCCUACGCCGCCACCUUCCGCCUCGCCUACCUGUUCGAGGUGCGCAUCCACGGCACGCUGGGCUUCCUGGCGGGCGUGCUGGUGGCCCUCAAGCAGACCAUGGGCGACAGCACGGUGCUGCGGGUGCCGCAGGUGAGGGUGAAGGCCGUGCCCAUGCUGCUGCUGCUGCUGCUGGCCGCGCUGCGGCUCGCCGCCCUCGUCGAGAGCAACGUGCUGGUCUCCUACGGCUUCGGGCUGCUCUCCAGCUGGGUCUACCUGCGCUUCUACCAGCGGCACAGCAGGGGCCGCGGGGAUAUGUCCGACCACUUCGCCUUCGCCACGUUCUUCCCCGAGAUCCUGCAGCCCGUGGUGGGGCUGGCGGCCAACCUGGUGUACGGCCUGCUGGUGAAGGUGAGGGUCUGCCGGAAGACGGUGAAGCGCUACGACGUGGGCGCCCCCUCGUCCAUCACCAUCAGCCUGCCGGGAACGGACCCCCAGGACGCCGAGAGGAGAAGGCAGCUGGCCCUGAAGGCGCUGAACGAGCGGCUGAAGCGCGUGGAGGACCAGACGGCGUGGCCCAGCAUGGAGGACGAGGAGGAGGAGGUGGUGGUGAAGAGCGAGGGCCCGCUGCCCACCGAGGCCGCCGCCGCAGCGGGGAAGGCGGCCGCCCACGAGAGCAGCCUGAUCACCUUUGAGGACGCCCCGUCCCAGCCGUGAGCUGCGGCCGUGCCGGCCCCGUCCUCCCUGCCCAGCUCCGCGGGAGAGCCGCCAACGCCCGCACGGGGACGCUGCCUGCGGGGACGCUCCUGGCCCGGGGACAGGGGCUGCCUCACCCCAGCGCCGAGGGCCUGACCGCCGCGGGGCUCUGCCUCUCGCUGCCCCCCGGCGUGGACGGGGGCUCCCGCGGGGAGGUGGAUGCCUGCGCCGGGAGCUUUGUUCCGGAGGGGGACCUUGGGCUGGUCCGCGCAGGCUGGCCCCCUGCUCCGAGGCCACGAAGGGACCUCACGGCACCCCGGGAGCCAAGUCAGCGAGUGGCACCGCGCUUCCUCGCUUCUCUGCACUCGAAACUCCGUUUUCUCCUUUCUCGAUGUAGUUUUGUUCCUGAUCUCGGGAACGGGAAGGCUCGUGGGUCUUUUCAGAGUCCUCUGCCCGCUUCCACCCUCCCUCCCUCCGCCCCAGCAGGAGGCCGACGGAGCUCCCGCGUGGGGCCAGCGCCCGCUUCCGGCUCUGCCACGGGCGCCCGCAGCGGGGAUCGGCCCCGACCCCCCCGGGCUUCGUUCCGUGGCGUUGGAUCUCUUUUUUUCCCCCUCUCCUGCUGCAGCAGCGCCCCAGAAGGGGCUGGUGCCCUCAGCUGCCGCUCAGCUAAUCCGUUUGCCAGAUUAUCCUAGAAGCUGGAAUUAAUUUCUACAGCGGGGCACAAGCUGCUUCCUCUGGCGCCGGGUUUCUCUCCUUCAAGUAGAAACGGGCUCCCCCUCCUGUCCCGCUCCCUCUGCGUGGCCGGGCUGUCCUUUGCGAGGGAGGGAGAGGCUGCUCCCCAGAGCUCCUCGCCCCCGGGGCUCUGGGACGCAGCCCGUGGCGUCGUGAGUUUAUUUUUCUAAAGGACCACGCGGGAAGGUUUUUGUCACCCAGGGAAAACACAGACGUUUCGGUAUCAAUAAACAGUUCUUUGAAAGAG